AACUAAAACCCACAAAUUUGGGAAAUCUUCGUGGUUGCCCAGACCGUCUGUGUAGUCUCUCAAUUGGGCUCGACAAUGGCGUCUCUACUGCAAGAAACAUCCCAAAAAGUCAUCACGCCGGAGAUCCUCCGCUCUGCGGCCAAACAAUCACAGCGUUGCCUCGUUGUCCCAGUCCGCCUUCGCCGUGCCAUCAAGAAGUACCUUCGAGAGCAAGAAGUGCCGCACCUGAAGAGGAAGGUGUUGAGGUUGUCUGAAUCUUUCAGUGGCAUCAAGGAUGUUAAUCUGCAGCUGGCAGCAACCACUUCGAAGGAGCUUGUUGAAGAUCCUUUGAAAUCGGUAGAGCAGUCCAAGCGUUGGAAGAUUAAGAGCUGCUAUGGUGAUAUUGGGUUUCAGUACAGAGAUGAUGAGACGAUUGCUUAUGUCGCCUCCCGAAUGCCUGCUGUUUUCUCUGCGUGCUAUAGAGUUCUUAACGAGGUUCGUAGAAGACUACCUGAUUUCUCUCCAUCUAGUGUAUUGGAUUUUGGUGCUGGCACUGGUUCAGCUUUCUGGGCUCUGCGAGAAGUCUGGCCACACUCUGUAGAGAAAGUUAAUAUAGUAGAACCAUCACAAUCAAUGCAACGUGCUGGACGGAGUUUGAUACAAGGCCUAAAGAACUUGCCGCUUAUUCAUGGUUAUGACAGCAUUCAGGCGCUUAACAAAGAUAUUAGUAAGUCAGAGAGAGAACAUGACCUUGUCAUUGCAUCUUAUGUACUCGGAGAAAUACCGUCACUGAAGGACAGGGUAACCAUAGUACGCCAGCUUUGGAAUCUUACGAAAGAUGCUCUGGUGUUAGUUGAACCUGGAACACCACAUGGAUCAAAUAUCAUAUCUCAAAUGCGAUCUCACAUAUUGUGGAUGGAAAAAAGAAAAUGGCGUAAACAUGAAAACAACAAAAAUAUAGCUUCUAAGGACUUGAUUACUCAAAAGUGCGGUGCAUAUGUAGUUGCUCCUUGUCCUCAUGAUGGAAUAUGUCCAUUAGUGAAUACGGGAAAGUAUUGCCAUUUUGUUCAGCGAUUGGAGAGGACAUCAAUGCAAAGAGCUUACAAGCGCGCCAAGGGUGAAUCCUUGAGAGGUUUUGAGGACGAGAAGUUUUCUUACGUUGUAUUCAGGCGUGGACAACGUCCUCGGGAACCAUGGCCUCUAGACGGCAUGAAGUUUGAGACGCUAAAGGAACAGCAUGCCAAAAGAAAUCCAGAAGACCUAGAGAUUGACUAUGAGGACCUAAUAAAGUUGAACACACAAAUUGUUCCAUACCAAGAAGUGGAUCCAGUUACAUAUGAUUCUGAUGUCAUUGAAACUGAAAUUCUUGAUGAUGGAGAAGAAGAGGGAGAGGAAGAACAAGGAGAAUCGGCACUUGCUGAUCUCGGUGGUGGUUGGGGCAGGAUUGUAUUUCCACCAAUUCGAAGGGGCAGGCAUGUAUCGAUGGAUAUUUGUCGAUCGACAACGCGGGAUGCCUCAGAGGGCUCGUUUGAGCGAGUUAUUGUCACACAGAGUAAGAAUCCUACUUUACAUCAUCAAGCUCGAAGGUCAGUUUGGGGUGAUUUAUGGCCUUUUUGAAUUGUCUUCAUGUCUGGCAUGGCAUCCAUACACGAGUUAUUUAACUACUGGAAAAUGUGUAUAGAAGCCUAUAGAUGUAGACAUUCACUUGUUAUUGGAACGUUGAUUUGGAGAGUCAAAUCUUGUUUUUGGCAUUAAUGUUUAUGAUUCUUUAAUAUGUUGAUAUUCAAAUCUUAGAGUAAA